GUUCUUUCUACUGUUCAGUUCUUAGUCGGUAUUUGUUUGAAUCGUUCGCACAAAGUCAUCAAAUAAAGUUGAAAAAUGUCCGCGCUAUUGAUUCCUUUGUCAUUAUUGGUAACGCUACUAGUAACCGCAUAUUUGUACGUGAAACACUCCUAUUCAUAUUGGAAACGGAGAGGAGUGCCGUAUCUAACGCCCUCGUUUUUGUUCGGAACGUUCGCGAAUUCAUUCCAACAAAAAACGUCAUUCGGCCAGGAUCUUGCAGACAUGUACAAUCAAACAACUGAACCAUUCAUCGGGAUUUAUACGUCGGUUCGUGCAGGCCUGUUAGUGCGUGACCCAAAAAUCAUUAAGGACAUCCUGGUAAAGGACUUUCAAAGUUUCGGGCAUCGUGGAUUCAAUACCAACGUCGAUGUCGAUCCCAUGUCUGACAAUGUGCUUCUGCAACAGGGAGAUAGAUGGAAACGGGUACGUACGCAACUAUCGCCAGCAUUUUCGUCCGGAAAAUUGAAGGGCAUGUUCGAGACGAUUCUCAGCAGUGGAAAGUCGUUGGAUGAAUUUGUGGGCCGUUACUUGAAUACAAAUAAAUCGCUUGAAAUGCGUGAAGUGUUCGCGCGGUUCGCUACGAAUGUUAUAGUGUCGGUUGCAUUCGGCAUUGACAUCGAUUGCAUUAAAAAUCCGGAUUGUGAAUUCCGGAAAAACGGACAGAAAGUGUUCGAACCGAACAUGAAAAAUAUGUUGCGUGCAAACGUGGCGAUAAUGCUACCAAAACUGCAUAAGCUACUGGGUCUUCGGUUCGCCGACAAGGACGUCGGCGAUUUUAUGAUUGACGCUGUCCGGCAAAAUUUUGAGUAUCGUGAAACGAACAGUGUGAUCCGCAAAGACUUCUUCCAAAUGCUGAUGCAGCUCCGAAACACUGGCAAGAUACGCGACGAUGACGACGAUUGGUCUGCCAAAUCUAGUGCAAGCGAAAAAGCUAUUACCUUGGAAGAGACAGCAGCGCACGCAUUUCUAUUCUUUGCCGGAGGAUUCGAAUCAUCCUCAUCGACAAUGUCAUUCUGCAUGUAUGAACUUGCCAAACAUCCCGACAUUCAACAACGGGCAUACAGUGACAUUGUUGACGCAUUAAGGGCCCAUGGCGGACAAAUGACGUAUGAAUCUGUCGCUGAGAUGAAGUACAUCGAUCACUGCAUUGAUGAAUCAUUGCGACUGCAUCCACCCUUUCCCAUGACCGCAAGACAAUGCACGAAAGAGUAUAGAAUACCUGACACAAAUGUGGUAAUUGAGAAAGGAACGACCAUGUUCUUCUCUACUUUGGGACUGCACUACGAUCGGAAAUAUUAUGACGAACCGGAAAAGUUCAUGCCGGAACGGUAUGCAGAAUCAAAUGGAGCAAAAAGUUUCCUGGAAAUGCCGAAUUUGACGUUCGGAGAUGGCCCUAGAAACUGUCUGGGUCUGCGAUUGGGCAAAUUGCAAUCGAAAAUUGCUAUCGUUUUGCUGUUGCAUAAGUUUAAGUUCGAGUUGGACGACAUGCACAAAGGUAACGAGCUAAAGAUCAGUCCGAUUAGUGUUGUUUUAGCGCCAACGAAUGGCAUCAAUUUGAAAGUGUUGAGUCGCUGAAAUAAUUUUUGGAUUGGAUUCGGAUUAGCAGCGUCGUAGUACCGCAUGUAUUUGAGGUCACGAUUUUUUGUGUCAUGGCUAAACUCCUUCAUUGGACAGUAGCAAUGAAAUAUUUGUUCAUCAAUCUGGUUGAUUCUCAACCACAGCUACAAUGUAAAUUUGUAUGAGUUACCUUGACCUAAUUUUAAUGAACCAGAACUUCGAUUUUGCUUGUUAAUAAACUCACACAAAUAACGACUCAACGU